CGCACCCUCCUGAACGGGCCCGCGUAGCCGUAAUUAUCAUUCCCUCCUUUGUCCUUUUCCUUUCGGUUUUUGCGAUCUUCGUCUUCGGCCUAUAUUCUCUUUUGGUAAAAUAGCUAUGCAGUCAGCAGGUACACCCCUCUGCAAAAGCUACCAUGUAGGGUUUCAGCUUCAUCAAUCCCAAUCUCAAAAUGCUUUCUUUUCUCUUCCAAUGGCUCCCAACUUCCUUAAACUGGAGAUUUCUAAUAAAAAAUUCGUAAUUCCAAGCCAAAACAAACCCAACAACGGCCCCCACAAGGCGAGGUCUAAAGGGAAGGUCACGUUGAAGGGGAAGAAGGAAAAUGUCUGGAGCAUUGACAAUGAGAUUGCUGAGAAGGAAAAAGAGAGGGAAAGGGCCGAGCAGAGGAGAAGGAAAGGGAGGAGAGUGGCCAGGGGGAAGAGGAGCAGGGAUGGGAAGGUUUUGGUCUCGGGUGCUAUGUUGAUGGAAGUUGAGACUGUUCUCCAAACUCAGGAACCUGUAAUAAGACCAGUGUGGAAUACAUUUGCUAGUAGUGUCAGUGGAAUAUGGAAAGGGGUUGGAGCAGUGUUUUCACCUGCAACUGCUGAAAUGGAGCCAAUUGAAAUUGGAAGUAAGAGUGAAAACCUGUACGACUGCUACACCCUUUCUCACAUUGAAGUGGUUCCAUCUUCUGGGGGUACAUCUCAAAUCCAUAGAAAGAUAAACUGGGUGACCUUGAAUCCUUAUGGUGAGGUGCCACAUCAUAUUGGAGGCAGUAGAAGCAAGGAAGUAUCCAAAGAUAAGAAUGCAUCUUUACCCUUAAAUGAGCCAGGUGGAGAAAUUGGGACUGGCCAUAUUUUGCCUAAAUUUGAAUCUUUUGACCUUUCAAAAAGUGAUAUAAUGGAAGAAGAUGAUAUGGGUAAUGAACCAGGUCUUGUUUUCUUUGAGGAUGGAUCUUAUUCUAGGGGACCUGUCAAUAUUCCAGUUGGUGACGAUCAUGAUUCUAAAUAUUAUCUUUCUCCAACUUUCAAGUUUGAGCAGUGUUUGGUUAAAGGUUGCCACAAAAGACUCCGCAUUGUCCACACAAUAGAAUUUAGUAAUGGAGGUUCAGACAUACAGAUAAUGAGAGUUGCUGUUUAUGAAGAACAGUGGGUGAGUCCUGCCAAUAUUGGUGAUCUAAGUGAUACGGAGUUUGAUUUGAAGCCAUUUUCUCAAGGGAAACGAACCCUGCCAUCAGAGCUUACUGGGUCAUGGAAGGUGUUUGAGGUUAGUGCCACACCAGUGUAUGGUGAAGAGGAAACAAUGACUGGGGAGAGCAAUGCAUCCCCCUACGUAUACCUUUGCACAGAAACCUUAAAGAAGAGGAGCUUGCCCGAGAACUCAGUCUACUUUGGAGAGGAAGAGAUGAUAGACAUGCAAGAUGUUACUGUCCUGUGGCUGCCAGGUGGAGUAACAGGUUAUGUUGAUGUUAACAAGGAUGGUGUUCUUACCAUUGGAGUCGGAUGGUAUUCAGAUGAGGGAAUCAACCUUGUUAUGGAGAGGGAUUAUGGCACUGAUGGGAAGCUCAAAGAUGUUCGAUGGAAAUCUGAACUAAAGAGAAGGUGGUCUGAUCCACUUCCCGAAUAAAGUAUAAACCUUCCGGAAUACCCUGUUCCAAUAUUCACACAGGAAACAUGAUAUUGUUGGAUUCCCUAUGGAUUGUAAGUACAGCGACUCAGCCAGGGGUAGGAGUCACGAGCACAAGGCAAACAUCCAUUAAUUGUAAAAUUUCAAAUAUUCUGAUUGAGGAUGUCAUGAUAGCAAUAAUUAUAUCAAGUUCUUUGUUCUUGAAUUCUUGAUAAUGAAAGGUCAGUUUAUUG